AUGGAAAACAAGAAGCCCACUCAAGCGUUGGCCUCUGACAACCCUUCUUUCUACAUUAACAAUCCCUACUUCCCUGCUAUCCAGAGUCCAUCAUCUCCUGGACUGGGGUUCUCCUCCAUAUCCUCUUCUGGUAUCCAUCCUCCACGCAUUCAACCUGGCAAUGCUUUCGCCCAGAUGAAGGCCAAGGAGCUCGAAUAUUUGGCUGCUGGGAAGGAUCCUGAUUCGAGUCUAGACUAUGAUAAGGAGCUGGCUCUGCCCUUGCCCAAGCCGAGCUUUUUCGGGCCUGAGCCUAUCUCCCCAACUUUGCGCCAUAUGGAGGAGGCCAGUCCGUCGCCCAACAGGCCGCAUUUGCUGAAGAAGCGCGCUGUUACAGACCCAUCUCGCAUUCACGAAGCCGCUAGCCCUGACAAGUCCGGUCACGGUGCCGGCGAGGGCAAGAAAAGGUCCAAGCUGGACCUUAUCAAGUCGAAGCUCAGUUUCAAGGACCUGCGCAAGGAGUGUGCCAAAGACUCGCCGCUGCCUGCUCGCGUUUCUGUCGUGUCAUCGACUGCCAGCCCUAACCUCAUGGCUAGACGCUCAGUGACUUCCAUAGGGAUUACAACUCCUGCAGCCAAUAUCCGCAUCCCCAGAUCCCUGCCGCAGCGUCAAUUUGAGGCGAGCCAGUCUGUCAUCAGAAUGAGCAGCUCGUCAAACCCUUCGUCUCCCUUUGCUGUUGCACGCAGCAGGAUUCCUCUGCCGCCUUCGGGAACAUUCUCAUAUGCGCAGGGCACUAUGGCCCCCGCCAGGACCUCGAGUCUUUACAAAGAUACCACUGCAAUUUCGGGGCUGGCUCCUCUGGAGUCCGCCGGCAAGGAUGGGGAUAUAUCUCCCGUGGCAUCGACACCCAUCCCAGCUCCAAAGCUGCGUCCAGACAUUGUCGUCACACGCCCUAGCUUCGACCGACUGUCCUCGCGGCCGAAAGUGCGCACCCCUCGCACCCCAGAUAUUCCCUGGCUGCCUGACUAUCCGGAAACCGAUGACUCGCCCCCCAAUAUUGGUGACCUUGCCGAAGGACGCGGCAAAGUCAAGUAUCUUCCCGCGAGCUGGUUGGAGAGGUCGGACAAGAGACCCCAAAGGCCUAAGAGGUCCCUGACACCAACACCGGGACCAGAGGAUUUGGUCCAACUCCCAGUUCCAAGUGCAUACAGCACCAAGGAUGAGCCGCCAGUGACCACGCUCCCAGACUACCUGCCUUCAUUCCAGGAGAGGCUUCAAAAGGCCAACAUGCCGUUGGACAAGCCCAUUCCGGCUGAGAUCCAGAACCGCAGCACGGUCAUGCAGGUUGAAGAGAUUGUGGAAAUUGUCCGCACGAUCCAGAAGCAGACUGACGUUGGCAUCAACACAAUUAGCCAAAAGCUCGAGGAUCUAUCUUCCUGGAUUGGAGAACAACUCCAGAAUCAGAUCGACAGCAUCGCUGAUCUCGCACGGGCUAAAUCCGACCUCUUUGCCAAGCAGUGUGAGAUCUCGCGCGAGAUGAUGAAGUUCCAGCUAGACAUGCGUCUGGAGAUUGGGGUGAUGGAGCGGCGGUUCAGCGUUUUCGAGAUGAAGAUGCUCGACGAGCUGCAGGCCGAGAUUCGGGCUCUGGCGCGGUCCUACGAGGAACUCAACACUAAGACCGAGACUCUCAUUACGAAGCACUCCUCUAAUGACAAUCAGCGGCUCAUCGAGUACCACCAGCAGAAGGACGCGGAGAUCGAGAAUGAGAUUGCUCGGAUGAAGGCAAAGCGGGAGGAGAUGGCAGCUGAAACGACCCCCAAGGCACUCGUUCAGCGUGGCAGUGAAUCCAGCUCUGAGAGCACGGAGCCCUUGAUCAAACCCAUUGCUAUCAAGCCUGUUUCUGCUCCUAACUCGCCCGUCUUCAGCAAGCCUGGUGGCACUCGCCUCCCCUCGACAGAGACAAAAGCCAGCAUUUCCCUACCACGCAACAUGUCCAUGUCCAAGAAGAGUCCUCGCACUAUCGACGGCGCGCUGGAAUCCAAGGACAAACUUUCUCCUAAGCCUGGUAACAGCGAGGAGGCAAAGAAAUGGUUCGGACUCCGUCGUCGCCGCCAGGCGAGCGACACCUCAACCAGCAGCAACAAGUUCUCCUGGUCAUCUCGCCGCUCGAGCACCAAAGAAGACGUGUCAUCCCCGGAGGGUGACAAUAACAAAUCUAACGAGCUUCGCAUAUCUAACUCCUCCACGCCGCCUAUCCCCCCGAUUCCACGCUCCAUCAUCAACCGUGUCGUCGACGAUAUCAAUCGCAGCAGCAAUACCACCACGCCUAGCAACAUCCACCCUGCCCUGCGCAGUCCCCAGGAGCAGUCUAUCAUGCGUGAACGACAGAUCAAGGCUCAGCAGGAGCAGGAGCAGAAAGAAGACGGUAUGAUCUCUGAUGUCACGGGCAUUGGGCUUGCUGCGGCUGCUGCUGCUGCUGCUCCUCUUUCUUCCCAGCCAGAGACCACUUCUAGUCCUGCGGGUAUCUCAGCCCGAACACAGUUUUCGCAAGAGGGUUCUUCAUCAAGCCAGCCUGUGGUGCCGACCACUGCACAGAGUUUCUCAACGGCCGCAAGCUUCCACUCUGCUCUUCCUCCUUACACCGCACCCUCGAGCGAGGAUGAACCUGACGUGCCGCUUCUUUCAGAUCAUCACUGGGAGGGCCAGGAAUGGGAUAAGAGGUCGGGGCAUGGGUCUCGCUCGGCUGCUGGCGAUGAGCUUCACUAA